AUGCUAGCUUGCUUGGAGGAUUAUGUUGUUGGUAACGAUAAUGAAUUGACUGAUGAAAAUAUUGUAAACUUUGCUUUAUUUGCAUAUUGUGAUCCAGUUACCUUUGAGGAGGCCGUCAAAGAUGAUCACUGGAAUCAAGCAAUGGACGAGAAAAUAUAUCAAUUGAGAAAAAAGAAAUAUGCAUAUGACAUAUUGAAAAGGUUUAAGAUGGAUAUUGCCAAACCUAUGUUGAAAUUGAAGAAAUUGAAGAAAGAUGGCGGUGGUGAAUUUGUUGAUGCCACAAAUUUUAGCAGAGGCUAUGAUUCAUCAUUUGAGAUGAUUGACCUGGGAUUAAUGUCAUAUCUUCCUGACAGUGAUUGGGCUGCUGACAUGAUUCAAAGGAGAAGUACAUCAGACUAUACCUUUUAUUUAGGCAGUGUUGUAUUUUCAUGGUUUUCUAAAAAACAAGAAGUGGUGGCAUUAUCUACAGCAAAAGCAGAGUAUAUGGCAGCUACACAUAGUAUUACUCAAACAUUAUGGUUGAAAAGAAUACUUGAUUUUCUACAGCAUGUACAAGUUGAUCCUACAAAAAUCUAUUGUGAUAGCAAAUCUGCUAUUGAGCUGUCAAAGAAUCCAUCAUUUCACGGCAAGCAUAUUGAUAUCAAGUUUCACUUCAUUCGUGAACUAGUUCAAAAUCAGGAAAUUGCCAUUAACUAA